AUGACAGGUGCGUGUGUGUGUGUGUUCCGUGCAGAUCUGCGUAAAGCUGUGGAGAGUGCAGAACUUAAGAACCAGCGGCUGAAAGAGGUGUUCCAGCGCAAGAUCCAGGAGUUCCGGACCGCCUGCUACGUUCUGACCGGGUACCAGAUCGACAUCACCACAGAGAACCAGUACCGACUCACGUCCGUCUACGCAGAACACAUGGACGACACUCUUCUCUUUAAGGCGAGCGGUGCGGUGGGCAGCGGCAGCAUGAACCUCCUGGAGACUGAUUUCUCCCGCAGCCUUCAGGAGAUGGUGCAGCUGCACCUCUUCCACCAGCGGAGUAUCCCAGCGUUCCUCAGUGCUGUCACACUGGAGCUGUUCAGCAGACAGACCACUGUCUAACACACACACACACGCACACACACACACACACACACACACACACACACACACACACACACACACACACACC